AUGUUCAAUAAGAAGGUGUCAGGCGACACCACCCCUGUCGCUCCCGACAAUGAAUCCUGGCACAUCGAUCCCAAGGAGAUCGAGUUCACGGACCGGCUGGGCACCGGCACGUCAGCGCAGGUCUACAAGGGGCGGUAUAAGGGGAAGGAGGUCGCCAUCAAGAUAUUGAAGUCGGGGGGAUCUGAGGGGAAGGAGAUGGACGCCAAACAGAUCAGAGACUUUGAGAACGAAUGUGAGAUCAUGAGCAAGGCGCGGUCGCCCUACAUUCUGUACUUUUACGGGAGCUGCGUGGAGCCACAGGUGUGCAUCGUGGUCGAGUACUGCAUGCGGGGAUCGCUCUACGAGGUCAUGUCCGAGGAGACCUUCAACCUCACCUGGGAGCGAUCGCUUCGGCAAUUCUUCGUUGUUCCCACCGUGUGCCCGUUCCAGUGGGCGAAGGAGCUGGCCAUGGCCAUCAACUACCUGCACAAGUUUGACCCGCCUGUCUUCCAUCGCGACCUGAAGAGCCCCAACCUGCUGCUGGACAACGACUGGACGAUAAAAGUGUGCGAUUUCGGUGCGAGCAGGCUGGACACCCCCACCGAAUCGGUCACACUCGGGAAGAUGAGGGGCACCUAUGCCUACUGUGCUCCAGAGCUCUACUUUGGCACCCGCUUCACCACCAAGUCCGACGUGUACAGUAUUUCGAUAAUCCUGUGGGAGCUGUUCUCUCGGGUGUUGACGGGCAAGUAUGCCCGGCCCUACUCGGAGUACCCGCAGGUCACCCUCGGCUUCACGGUCAUCAUCAAGGCCGCCAAGAACCACCUGCGGCCCACCAUCCCCGCCCAGAUGCCCGCUCCCCUCAAGCAACUCAUCGAGAAAUGUUGGGAUCCGGAGCCGACGAACCGGCCCGACUGUGAGACGGUGCUGAAGGAGCUGGAGGAGAUCACGCAGAUGUAUCAGCAGGACAAGGAGCAGUGGAACAGCCUGCGGGCGACGCCGCAGAACAUCAGCAAGAAGCAGAACUAUCUCUCCAAAACAGAGUCGAUGCGGAUUCCGCUGUCGCCGAAGGAUAUGAUAGACCUGCGGGGCUUCACCAACGUCAUCGUCGAAGAGGGCGGCGAGCAGCUCUGA